UGACAAUGACAGACGUGCUUCGAAGUCUCAGCUUCCUCACCAUCGUGAGUUUGUGUUUAGGAAGCUCUCCGACUUGUAAUAACAAUCUUGUGACUGGACCAGACGGUGUGUCUGAUGCUGCUAUUACAGCAUCAUCUACUUACAGAACUUGUCCUGUUCACAUGGCCAGAAUCAACAGUGAUAGUGCAUGGUGUCCUAAUUCCCGAGGAGACGAUCACUACUUACAGGUGGAAUUUCAAUAUGUCACAAUACUAAAGGCCAUAUUAACUCGUGGACGGAAAAUUGCUGAUCAGUGGGUGUCUUCUUACAAAGUUAGCAUCAGUUUGGACGGACUCAUUUGGAGGUACCUACUGAACUCGACAGGCGGCGUGCAGGUGUUUCCCGGGAACGUUGACAGAAAUACUGUCGUGACCAAUGAACUAAAAGGAACCGUCGUCGCCAAGUUCAUCCGGGUUAUAUCCGUCACCGGAAAUGGAUACAGAUCGAUGAGGCUGGAGGUCAGAGGAUGUCCGAUCGCAUGCAGUAGAUGUCAUCACUGGGAAGCCAGGCUCGGAUCCACUGGUGACGUACUUCCUGUUCUCGUGGACAUAGACGCAUCGAACCAAGGAAUGUGUGGCUUAAAGUGUUUCAGACAACCGGAAUGUGAUAGCUUCCUGUUUGACGUCACUUCCGCUCGCUGCAUGUUAUUUAAAGGAACUGUCGAUGGGUCACAUGUCACGGUUAACUUGGACGGAGUAUGGUAUUUUCUGAAAACGAGGAUGUAAACGAUAACUAUUCCACGUCAUGUCUCAUCAUCAGUCAAUUUAUCAGUCUAUUUUAUACAUUUUUGAAGGUGGCUUGCGUCACUCUAAACAUUGAAAAUUUAGUGCUGUAAUUCUGACUAUAAAACAGAUGUUGAAAAAUGAUUCCCCAGUUAAAAUGAAUAUUAAGAUUAUUUUAAUGUAGUAUGAUCUAGUUUGGCUUUUUUACCUUAGAUGCAGAAAAUGAAGGGUUUGUAAUGCCAUCUCACAGAGGUGUUUAAUUAUUGAUACGGAAUAUUCCACAAAUUGUAAUAAUGUUUUAUUGUCCUGUUAAACAGUAACGUUGUUGCUAGUUUUCGCAUAUUCAUUAAUAGCGUGAUAUUUACAAACCGAAAUUACAUUUGUUACAUUCAUUAUUCCUGCAUGUGGAAAUUUUAAUAUGUUUUCAUGUUAAGAUGGCAGAAUUCCGCGGCAAGUGUUACCUUAUUUGGAUAAAAUGUUUGCUAAUUUCAUUUGUUGAUUUAUUUCAUGUAUAUAUAUAAAAAAUAGAUGUGAUAGAUGAACUUAAUCUAUAGCUGUUACAAAACAAAAACUUACUUUGAAACUCUGGCUACUUUUUGGGCACACUACUUCAAAUGUUCAAAUGUCAAAGAAUAUCUAUCAAGCGUCAUCUGUGAAACAUGAUGAACACAUUUGCUUUAUAAACGCCGGUAGAUAGGGGUUCUUGAUCUAUUGGUGUAUCAUGUUUCCAAUUGAUCAAUAAAUAUGUCAUCUAAAUUGAAAUUUUUAUUGUUAUAAACGUGUUAUGUUUACAACCUAAUAUGUAUAGUUCCUUGUGAUGAGAUAAAGGACAGAUGAUGAUCGUUAUUUGUACAGAUUCUAGGCCUGACUAGAUGCUUUGUUUAGGAAAUGUUUGAGACUGUUAGAGGUUAUGUAUCAGCACCUUUUGAGCCACUGAGAACUGUGUUACUGAUAGCAGGCAAUGACUGUUCGUGACGAUUGAACAGGAAACAAGGACAUCAUUGUUUUUCCACUUGAUGAUUUUAAUGAAUAUCCCGUGAAUGUCGAUGCAUGAUCGCUGUAUAGAAUCACUCGACACCUUGACUGCGUCAUCAACUGUUUUAAUAUGAAUUAUGAAAACGCCAACUCCGAAAU